AAAUUAAUAUUUAUUAUGUUUCCGGCAUAUAAAGUUUUAUGUGUAUUUAUUAGACAGAUUUCAAAACCUUUCGCGAAUUAUCUUAAGAGGAGAGCCGCUCAUAACGAACGCUUUCGAAACAUAUGUAUAUAUUUUGGUAAUAAGAGCUUCGCAUUUGAAAGAUCGAUUUCCCGAAGAUUCUAUAACUCAGAAGUCACUGAAUGUGAUAAGGUCACCUUAUCUCCAGAAAAAUCUGUAAAUAUCGGAAGUGAGCUUCUUGGUGAAUGCUUUAUUUUUACGGUUGCUGCUGGCCUAAUAACUGCAGAAUAUGUUAGAGGUGCACUAAAAGAGUCUAGAAAGGAGUAUAGACUAAAACAGAGACUUGAUAACAUCGAUUCAAGGCAAGGAGAGCUUCAAAAGCUGAUUAAUCAGGAGGUUACUAGACAACUUGAAGCCAGAUUCCCAGUAAUUUCAAAUUCACAAAGAAAAUUUUAAUAUAAAUAUAUAUAAUGAUAGAAAAGGUUAAAGAUAUAUCAAAUACAGUUUAUCAAAUUAUCAGAAUGUGGUCAAACACUUUUAAGCCGAGCCCACUUCUGAGGUUCAACUCGACAAAGUUUUGUAACGUAGAUACAAAGCCACUUAACGACAUGUACUAUAAAAAGGGCGCUAAUGUAACACUUGGGGAGAAGUACAAGGCCUGCAGGCUCACCAACGGUGUCAGGGUUUAUAUGAUAGAUAAAUCCGAGUAAGAGAUUAAACCAAGUUAAGUAGUUUAAGUUUCUUCCUUACCUCUUCAUUCUUUACAUAACUCGCCUUUACCUUCACAAGCCUAAGGUGCGAAUUAAAGAAUAGCUUUAGGCAACUUGUGUGUGAAAUGAGCAGAGACCUUGCACUAGACCCGUCAUUCUCUUUAAAUGGGUUUUUCCAACCCUUAACUAAUUUAUUAGAGUAUUUUA